AUGAUCGACGAGAACCUUCCCACCUUCUUCCUCAAACCCACGAAGCAAAAACAUCUCUGGACCAUCUACCUGGCCCAACAUGGCGACGAACCCACCCCCGUCUACACCCUCCGUCACCCCGACCCGAAUUCUCCCGACUGCAAGAACCGCUACGCCGUCGCCCUCGCCGACCCCUUCGUCCCGGACGUGAUCUACGGCGAAGUCCUGAUUAUCCCCGAAUGGACGCAGCCCAGUCUCUCCGCUGAUGCCAUCCGCCAGAACGGCGGCGUGACCCCGCCGCCCGAACCCAUCCUCCCGACACGCUUCACCGUGCACCUGUACAACCCCGACCAGCAGAUCACCGUUCAUUUCAAGCCCAAGUCCUGGAACAGUCCGCCCACCUGGUCCUUCGAGAUGCCGCAGCACACCUUCCGUCAACCAUCGACCUCGGCCCUCGACCACACGCUGACCGACCCGGCUGCUGCCGAUACCACACCCAAGCUGCGGUUCAGCUGGCGACGCGACAGCAAACUCUCCAAAGACAUGACGUGUUUGCUGUCUGGGAAGACGACCACCCUGUCGGAGACCAAAACCAAACACAAGGAGCCGGACAUUACCGUGUCGAUCUUCCAAGCCCUGCGCGAAAUUACCCUCUACGAGCCGAAUCUGUACCGGGGGAGAUGA